GCCAGCCUGAGCCGGAGGUAUGAAGGCAUGGUCCUCACGCAGGAGGAGAUCGACGGUUGCCGAGAUGCUUUCCUCGCCUUCGAUAAGGACCGGAGCGGCAAUAUUGAUGUGUGGGAACUGCGACAGGUGUUGGAAGCGAUGGGGCAAAAACCAACGGAAGAGGAGCUCUUUCAGAUGAUAAGCGAGGUAGACGACAACAUGUCUGGCUCCAUCGACUUUCCGGAGUUUCUCAAGGUGAUCGAGAACCAGAAGAGUCGGGCCCAAAACUUCGACGACGAGACGGACAUGAUCGACGCCUUCGUCGCUUGUGGAGGGAGGAUGGACAAAACGGGUCACGUCAAAAGGGGAGCCUUGGUGAAAAUCAUCAAGGUUGACUUCGGCCUGACGAUAAACAUUGAGGACCUCAUCAACAAGAUCGACGCAGACGGGUCGGGCGAGAUCGAGUUUCCCGAGUUCAAGGCCCUCCUGUCCUGAUGAUGAUAUUGUUUCUUCUUGUUGUCGGAACACGUGUUGCGCUUCCUGCUCGACACGCACCGGGGGUGCCUUACCUCACACUCCACCAAGCAAACAGCAGCUGUGGCGUUGUUUGGAGCCCGCCGACGUUUUCAACAUAGUGUACAUAGAUAGACAGUGUCGAGAGUGACCGAUGAUUCGGAUGAAUGUGAUUUCUACCUACAUAAGGCAGAUCGUUUAAAAACUAGAGAAAUCCCCGUCGUUAGGCCUACAUAGUAGAUGGUAGAUAGCUCACAAGAGGCUUAUAGACAUGUUUCGAUUCUUGUUUCGGUGGGGCGUGAAUAAGGUAUGGCCCUCUCCGACGGAUAGAUAUUCCGGAGAGACUCUCCUCGCGUACCGUACUCUAGUAGGUUUAGCGUCGACCCACUAAAUUAUUGUACCAUAUAUGCCAAAUUGUUGAAGAUGUUGGAAUGGACGUUCGUUGUCUUCAAACAAGGGUGCGUGUGCGUGGACGUACUUCUGACCCGAUCAGUCUUGCCCGGCUUCGGUUGGUGUUUUGGUUGUCGCCGUUACCGUUGCCAGUAAGGUUCCAUAUUUACACCCGACGACCUUCUUAAUUAGCGCAAGAAGGGCUACAGACAUGAUAGUACUUCUUGAUUAGUGCUCACUUGGCAUGCUGGUGUUCUAGCCAGUAUUAAAGUCACUCGGUCCAAUA